CCGGAUCUACAGAAGAUUCUGGCAACGGCCCGCCGUCGGGGGUCGAUCCUGCCUGCAUCGGUUGUGUUCACGCGCGCAACGCUCGACGAGAUGAUCGCUCAGCGCGGGGUCAUCUUCUUGGAGGACAACGCGAUGCACAGCCUCGUCGCGGCCCUGUAUCCGCAGAAACCGGGACUCGGCAUCAUCUAUCCGGCCGUGCAGCACACCAUAUCGGCUCAGUUCUCCAUGUUCAUGCGCAAAAGUUUGGAUCCGAAAACCGUGGAACUUCUGCACACCAGGUGCCGUUGGAUGCACGAGUCAGGACUGACAGAGAGGAAACGGCUGCAGCUGCUGCCCCGCUCCUGGUACCUCACGCGGCCUUCCUCGUCUCAAGUUCACUCUCUCUCGGUAGAGGAUACCGCAGCUCUGUUCUACAUGGUGUUACUGGGGCUAAGCGCGGCACUGUCUGCGCUCGCCGGCGAAUUGCUCCUUCACCGCUUGAUCGAAGCGCAUAGAGCCAUUCGUGGCCUCCGAGCGAGACGCCUCGUCAGAGAACGACCUCCUUUGUGCUAAAAUGGGCGGAAGAAGGAUCGCGUGCUUAUGUAUACUUCUGCGAAACAUGACGUUACUGGUUUAGUUCAUCGGGAACGUUCAUAAAAUUCUGCUGUUAUUUAUACGAGAUUGUAAUUCGAAUGGCACGUGAAGCAUUGAAGCAGAUUCGGGAGUCGACGCCUAGUGGAGCAAACACGACGCCUCAUCGGAAGAUGAUGUAUAAUGUGCACAUUUAAGCGAGAUUUGAUGUUUCGCGCACAUAGUGUUAUUGAUUAGCAUGGCAUAACAGAG